AUGGAGACCCCCGUUUCACCAGCUCUGACCAUGACCUCUAUCCGACCCCAUUCUAGCGCUAUAAACAACAUCGAGCAUUCUUCUCUAGCCGAUUUACAUUCUUCUAUAACUCUCCAUGUUGUGUCUGUCCUCAAAACUCAUGCUCUUCUUUGCGAAGUCUACAGUCUACUCUGGCAGUCCGUCCGGUCCAUCCAGUGCUCAAGUCAAAUGUCUCAUCGAAGAGAGAUACGCACAAACUCCACAGGACCAGGCUCCGGAAACGACGCUCGUCAAUGUGGUCCUCCAGACCCAGAACCGCCGGCAGCACCACCAAUCAUCAUCCUUUCCCAAUCUGGCAAAGCACAAGCGCCCCACUUCCAGGUACCAGACCCUGCCGAUCAGCAAGUCCAGCCGCAACCACCUACGUCAUCCCUGUCGCCAGAAGCCUCACCAGACGAGCUUGAAGCUACCGAAACUUCGUGCCCACCCGAUAAACCCGAGCCCGAACCGCAUCCAGCACCGCCGUAA